GGAGGAUCAAAGACGGGCGAUCCUGGGAGCUCGCAGCAAAUGGAAGCCAGCCGCCGAUCCCUGCUGCCUUUUCUCUCUCUGCUUUCACCUUCCACCUUGUCGCUAGCGGACGGAGCCCCCGAGCAGUGGAGCGGGUUGUGGCCGCUCCCACACGAUGCAAAAUGUUACCUAACAACCCUGGCCGCGUAUCCAGAAUCUGGGGUUUCGGUCCAUGGCCGUCGAGCACGCAAUAUCCCGUGCCUGAGCGGUUUAGGUCGUACAUGGCGGUUGUGGCAAGCUAAAAUAUCGUCAACGGCCGAGUGUGAAACCGAUUCGUGAUGCAUCCGACUCUGUUCUUCUCAAGCGCGGUAAGAAGCCUCUGAUUCUUCGACCAACUAUAUUGCGGCCGUAGCCAAGCAUAUACCUCCUCGGGAGGUAUUCACGAACCAUGGAAUACAAUAACUCAACAACCCUCGACUCUAAAGAGGCCGGCCAACCUCCAUACCAUGACGUCGAAGGCUUCAAUCCCGGCCAACACCACGCGCGCGGGCCGACGCAGUCCGACCUGCUGAAGCGCGCCCUAUCCGCUCGCCAGGUGCAAAUGAUUGCCAUUGGCGGCACCAUUGGCACAGGUCUCUUCUUGGGAACCGGCAAGUCGCUGGCCACUGGAGGGCCGGCCUCGAUCCUGAUUGCCUACGCCAUCGUGGGCGCCAUUGUCUUCACCACCAUGUUGAGUCUGGGCGAGAUGGCCGCCUUUAUCCCCGUGGCCGGCAGCUUCUGCACGUUUGCUGGGCGCUUUGUCGAUGAUGCGUUUGGCUUCGCGUUGACCUGGAAUUACUGGUUCAACGACGCAGUCUCUACGGCUUCUGAUCUCGUCGCUCUGCAGCUCCUUUUGCAGUACUGGACCGACAACUUUCCAGGCUGGGCUCUGAGCUUGAUUUUCUGGUUUGUCUUGAUUGCUGCAAACAUCAUCACGGUGAGAGCAUACGGCGAGCUUGAGUACUGGCUAAGCCUGCUCAAAGUCAUCACCAUCGUUGUCUUCAUCGUCAUGGGCAUCGUCGUCAACUGCGGUGGAAACAGUACAGGCCACUACAUCGGAGGCGAAAACUGGCACAUUCCCGGUGCUCCGUUUGUAGGAGGCAUCGGUGGUUUUGCAUCCGUCUUUGUGACCGCCUCAUUCGCUUACGGCGGUACGGAAAGCAUUGCAAUUACCGCAGGAGAGACGAUGAACCCCACAAAGAACCUCCCAAAGGUCGUCAAGAAUGUGUUUUGGCGGAUCAUUCUGUUCUACCUCCUCUCUGUCCUUUUGAUCGGCCUCAACGUCCCGUACAACUACCCAGACCUUGACUCCAAGGAAACUCGCACCUCCCCCUUUACCCUUGUUUUCGAGAUGACUGGAGCCCACGCCGCCGGAAGUGUCAUCAACGCCGUAAUCAUGACGAGCGUUCUGUCCGCGGGAAAUCAUGCUUUGUUCGCAGGUGCUAGACUAAUGUACACUCUUGCCAUGGAGGGACACGCACCCAGGGUCUUCGGAAAAUUGAACAGGAACCAAGUGCCAUGGGUGGCCGUCCUCGCGACGAGUCUCAUCGCCGGCCUCUGCUUUGGGUCCAGUUUUAUCGGAGCUGGUCAGUUGUGGACCUGGCUUCAAAAUAUCGUCGGUGUAUCAAACCAGCUGAGCUGGAUUGCCAUUGGCAUCACCUCGAUCCGCUUCCGCUCCGCUCUCGCCCUCCAAGGCAAAACGCACCUCCUCCCAUUCCGCAAUUGGACGUACCCGUACGGCCCUUGGUUCUGCGUCAUACUAAACAGUUUCAUCGUGCUUGUCCAAGGUUGGAGCUGUUUCAGUCCCAAGUUCGACGGCGUUAGCUUUGUUAGCUACUACAUCGAGCUUCCGAUUAUGCUGAUCAUGUACGUUGUGUGGAAGCUCUUGAAGAAGACGAAAACUGUUGCGCUUUCGGAGAUGGAUUUGGAAACCGAUACAUAUACGGCAGAUGAGAAGGUGAUCGAAGAAACAGGCUGGAAAGCCAAGGUCAAGAAUGUAGUGACCUGGCUAUUCUGAAAGGCAGAUGUUAGUUUAUUAGAUGAGACAAAUAAUAGCCACUGCAGGUUCAAAUCA